GCUGCGCUUUAUUAUUCUCCACGUUCCUCUCAACUCUUUUGUCCCUGUCAGGAUCCUGUAGAACGAUGACGCCGGUUUUCCAGUGAUGUGAUUGGUCAGUAGUGACUGGCGACUGGCUUUGAUCUCUUAUCUCGAACUUCAACCGUCCCGGAGCAGGUUAGUUGUUCAGCACAGGUUACCAUGGUGAUUUACCCCGGGGAGAAGAGAACCAGCUUCGCGGGAUGGAAAUCCCCGAGUUGAACCCGAAGUUACCUCGAUAACCGCAGUGCACUGGCCUCAGGUGACCGUGUGCGUGUUCGAGUGAGUCUGCAUGUGUGUGUGAAAGAGAAAGAGGACCAGGAUGAUUGCUGCCCAGCUACUAGCCUAUUACUUCACUGAACUCAAGGAUGACCAGGUUAAAAAGAUCGAUAAAUACCUGUACUCCAUGCGUUUCUCUGAUGAGACAUUACUGGACAUCAUGCAGCGCUCUCGGAGGGAGCUGGCCAAAGGACUGGGUCGGGACACUAACCCCACCGCUGCACUAAAGAUGCUGCCAACAUUCGUGCAAUCAAUCCCUGAUGGCUCAGAGAAAGGUGACUUCAUUGCGCUGGACCUGGGAGGCAGUAACUUCAGGAUCCUCCGUGUCCGAGUGAGCCACGAGAAGAAACAGACCGUUCAGAUGGAGAGUCAAAUCUAUGACACCCCAGAGGACAUAAUUCACGGCAAUGGCUCCAGACUGUUCGACCAUGUGGCAGAAUGUCUCGGUGACUUCAUGGAGAAACACAACAUCAAAGACAAGAAACUGCCAGUUGGUUUCACCUUCUCCUUCCCCUGCCAGCAAACCAAGCUCAAUGAGGGAUAUCUGAUCACUUGGACAAAGCGUUUCAAGGCUUGUGGAGUGGAGGGGAUGGAUGUCGUCAAGCUGCUCAACAAAGCCAUAAAGAAACGAGGAGACUAUGACGCUGACAUCAUGGCUGUAGUAAAUGAUACAGUUGGAACGAUGAUGACCUGUGGGUUCGAUGAUCAACGCUGUGAAGUCGGCAUCAUCAUUGGAACAGGCACCAAUGCGUGCUACAUGGAGGAGCUGCGUCACAUUGACCUGGUGGAGGGAGACGAGGGCAGGAUGUGUGUGAACACCGAGUGGGGAGCCUUCGGAGACGACGGCAGGCUGGAAGACAUCAGGACAGAGUUUGACAGAGAGAUCGACCGAGGCUCUCUCAACCCCGGCAAACAGCUAUUUGAGAAGAUGGUCAGUGGUAUGUACAUGGGGGAGCUGGUUCGUCUCAUUCUGGUGAAAAUGGCCAGAGAGGGUCUGCUGUUUGAGGGAAGGAUCACCCCUGAGCUGCUCACUAAAGGGAAGCUUGAGACCAAGCACGUCUCGGCCAUAGAGAAGAGUAAGGAAGGACUGAGCAAAGCCAAAGAGAUUUUAAGCAGACUUGGUGUGGAGCCCUCAGCAGAUGACUGUAUCGCUGUGCAGCAUGUUUGCACCAUUGUGUCUUUCCGCUCUGCCAACCUGAUAGCUGCCACGCUGGCUGCGAUCCUGAUAAGGCUAAAGGAGAACAAAGGUGUGUCACGACUCCGAACCACCGUAGGCAUCGAUGGAUCUCUCUACAAGAUGCACCCACAGUAUGCCCGUCGUCUACAUAAGACAGUCCGUCGUUUGGUGCCGGACUCAGAUAUCCGAUUCCUCCUGUCAGAGAGUGGCAGUGCAAAGGGGGCUGCCAUGGUGACAGCUGUGGCCUACAGACUUGCAGACCAAUCACGACAAAUUGCAGAGACACUGACCGAAUUCCGCCUGACAACCGAACAGCUGCUGGAGGUCAAGAAACGAAUGAGGAUAGAGAUCGAAAAUGGCCUUUCAAAGAGCACUCAUGAUUGUGCUACUGUCAAAAUGCUGCCAACCUUCGUACAGAGCACUCCCGAUGGCACAGAGCAUGGUGAUUUCCUGGCUUUGGAUUUGGGAGGAACCAACUUCAGAGUUCUGUUGGUCAAGAUUCGUUCAGGCAAGAGGAGAACAGUGGAGAUGCACAACAAGAUUUACGCUAUUCCCCUAGAAGUGAUGCAGGGCACAGGAGAGGAGUUGUUUGAUCACAUUGUGCAGUGCAUCAGUGACUUCCUGGACUACAUGGGGAUGAAGAACACUCGUCUUCCUCUGGGCUUUACCUUCUCCUUCCCCUGCCAACAGACCAGCCUUGACGCUGGCAUCCUGCUGACAUGGACAAAAGGCUUCAAGGCAACAGACUGUGAAGGAGAAGAUGUGGUGGGACUGUUGAGGGAGGCCAUCAAGAGGAGAGAGGAAUUUGACCUGGAUGUUGUGGCCGUAGUCAAUGAUACAGUGGGAACGAUGAUGACUUGUGCCUACGAAGAGCCCACCUGUGAGAUUGGACUCAUUGCUGGCACUGGCAGUAAUGCAUGUUACAUGGAGGAGAUGAGGAACAUUGAGAUGAUAGAGGGAGAUGACGGACGGAUGUGUGUCAACAUGGAGUGGGGGGCUUUCGGAGACAAUGGAUGCCUUGACGACAUUAGGACAGAAUAUGACCGUGCUGUGGAUGACCUCUCACUUAACCCAGGCAAACAAAGAUAUGAGAAAAUGUGUAGCGGCAUGUACCUUGGUGAAAUUGUGCGAAACAUCCUAAUCGACAUGACCAGAAGAGGAUUCCUGUUCAGAGGACAGAUUUCUGAAACACUGAAGACCAGAGGCAUCUUUGAAACAAAGUUCCUUUCUCAGAUAGAGAGUGACAGAUUGGCUUUGCUGCAGGUCAGAGCCAUACUGCAACACUUAGGACUGGACAGCACCUGUGAUGACAGUAUCAUAGUUAAAGAGGUUUGUGGAGCAGUGUCACAUCGUGCAGCUCAGAUCUGUGGGGCAGGAAUGGCGGCCGUGGCGGAUAAGAUCAGAGAGAACCGAGGACUGGACCAUCUCAACAUCACUGUGGGGGUGGAUGGGACACUCUACAAACUGCAUCCACAUUUUUCCGGGGUCAUGCACCAGACCGUAAAGGAACUGGCUCCUAAGUGUAAUGUCAACUUCCUGCUGUCAGAGGAUGGCAGUGGGAAAGGAGCUGCCCUCAUCACAGCCGUGGGCUGCCGGCUGAGACAAGAGCGGAACAAUAAAUAGACAAUAUCUUCUGUCCCCCACUGUUAACUCCCCACUUCUCCAUGUUCCCCCUCUACCUCCACUGUCUGUCACUCUUUUCUCACCCAUUUUCUCCUUUCCCACCAAAAAUCAAAUCAAAUCAGUCCAGUCAAUGUAUCUGUGUAGCUGCUUUAGUCCGUCUACGUGACAGCGAGAAGGAGAUUGCUUUAUCCGCUGUGUAAAGUAGAGCCAGGCACUAUGUUGUAGUUAGAUUAUGUUUGGUUGAAACAACACAAAUAUUCUUAAGAUUCUGUGGUUAAACUUAAAUCGAUAAAACACGCACAUUCAAGUCUUGAAAAAAAUGUGUGGGGCAGAAAGAAAUCAAAAGACUUUGCACACUCCUGUAAUGCUCCUAUGUUGCCAUCUGGAGAUUUCCUCUGAUAACUUCUGAUAAAGUCUGUUGCAAUUAAGCAAGCACAACUGCUGCAGGGACAUUUCAACAAAACACUGCAGUAAAACAAACUCUGUUCCUUGCAACAUGUUCAGCAGAUGAAGGGACAUAAAAACACUGUUUUAGACCAAAGUCACCAAAGUCUGUCGGCUGUCUCCUGUGGGCCACUCAUACUGUAAGAGCAUAUGAGGUGAUAUAUAAAUGUGUAAUGAGAUGAAAGGGAAUAUGUUUUGCUUUAAGGAUUUUAAUAUCUUACCCAGAUAUAGUACAAUAUGUUACAUUCUUGCUAUUUAUUUUAUUUUUAUAUUGGGAUGUGUUGAAAAAUGUUACUAUUGCAAUAAUGAUGUACACAGAUGAGGCCAUGGUCCAAAACGCCCUCAGACGGUACCUGUCCUGUAAAUUAAGACAGAAACACGACAAAAGAGGGAGCCACAUCGCAUAUUUGUUCUAAUUUAAGCGGAAAUCAAAUUCCUCUCCAAUGUACUCUAUUGUAAAAUAUGUCCAAAGAGCUCUUGUAUUUUACUAAGUAGAAAUCCUAUUGUUGGUACUAAUCACAGCUUGUGAUUAUUCGCUUUUGUCUUAAGAGGUGCUGGCUACUGUACCUUCAUCAUUACAAUAUGGCUUACAUGUUACUUAGCAACAGCCAUGAAUCAGGAAUGUGGAGAUGCCAGAGGAACAUCAAUGAUCAAACUCUAGCAACAAUAUUACAGUAGCUGAAACUUUGAGGAGAAAUUAAGCAUUUUGGAAAUAAAGCACAUUUCUACACUCUCUGUUUGCCUUAUGCUCCUUAGGGCUCAAGAGGGGGUUUAGGUGAACUACUGUAUAGCUCAUUCAAGCAGGACAAUUCUUGAAAACUCAAUAUUUAUUUUUCUCUUUUAUAAAAGCAAUUCAUCCAGUAAAUCACAGCUACGUAUGAUAAGUAUUAUUGUAUGCUGGCCUUUUUUUGAUCUCAAAGAUAUUCUAGACUACAAGUUAAAAUGACAAAUAUGCAUUCUUACAUUUGCUAAUGGAUUGUCUCUGUGAAUGUCAAAUUCUGAGUUAGCACCAGUCCAACCUGAUGCCAAUACUGAUAGCAAAUCAGCAAUGAAACAGCAAGCUGAUUCCAUUUGAAUUUACUCGCAGUAUGAAUAAGGCCAGCCACUCCAGUAGGUCCUAAGUUACCCUGCCUUCAGAAGUAUAAAAGCCUUCCCUGUCACACAAAAACAUGCAGACAUGUUAAUCUUUGCCUCUGUUCACAGAUCUGUCCAACUGUCAGUCAACCAGUCACUAAAUAAAAACAAACCUGUCACAC